AUGAAUGACCGUUUAACAAAAAUCAAAGGAAAAAGUGGAUUAGAAUUUUUAAUCUCAGAUAAAGGGAUUAGAGAACAAUUAAUUAGCUUUUUGCCUCAAUUUUGGGAUGACAAACAAAUAACAAUUUUUACAGAAAAUUAUCGUUAUAUAAUAAUAAUUGGAAGAAAUUUUUGGAUAUAUUAUUUUAAAUUAAAUAUUGGGGAUAGAAUUAGUGAAGAAGAUGAAAGGGAAAUUAAAAUUUUUAUUAAAAAAUAUAUUACCCCAUUUUUGGAUUCUCGUUCACAUUCACUAGAGUUGGAUGAUUGGCAAAGAUUAAAUAAAUGGAUAAAUGAAUAUAUAGAUGGAAUUUUGAAUAAUCAUUUUAUUGGCGAUGGAGAAAAAAGUUUAAAAUUUAAGUUAAAAAAAUAUUUGGAUAAAAUAAAGUUUGACCAAAGAAAUACUCAAUCAAGCCAGCAAUCUCCAAAUUUACUUGAACAAAAAUUUAAAAUAAUCUCUGAAAGAUUAAUUCAAAAUAAAGGGUUUCUUUUUGGUGAUAAAAUAACUAGAGCAGAUCUUUCUUUGUUUUCUGUUCUUGUUCAAUAUUUUGAAGGGCCAUUAAAAAAUGAAAAUUUGAAAAAUUAUUUUAUGAAAGAAUCGGAAAAUAAAUUAAAUAAAAAUAAUUUUAAUUAUUUUGAUGGAAAAGGAAAGGGAAAAGUUGAAGAAGAAAAAGAAGAAGAAGAAGAUUUAGAUGAAAUUACUGAAGUAAAAGAAAAGAAAAAAGAAAGCAGUUCAAAUAAAUUUGAAGAUGAUUAUGUUAAUUGGGAAAUUCAGAUACUUUUUGAAUUUGUUGAAAAAAUAAAAAAACAUUUAGGGUUUGAAAAUAAUGAAAGAUGGAAAGGAAUACAAGUAAAACCGUGGAUUUUAAAUUAUGAAAAUGAAAUUAAUUUGACUGAGAAAUAUAACGGUAAUUUUAUGAUUAAGAGGGGAACUGCUCAUGGAAACGGAUAA